CAAAUGCAGAAGUUCAGAACAGUGCAGACCAUUUGAAGUAACAGCUUCUAAUAAUCUCACAUUGAACUCCAGCAGACUGAAUACGUCAUCUUAUGGCAAAAUGAACAUUCCUGGGAAACAUAGGAUGGACAGAGAAGAUGAAAAAGAGAUGAAUAUCUAUGCUAAUGCUGAUCCUAUAAACAGUUUUGAUGUCAGGACAGAAACAGAAAACUCAGACACCAAGAGACACCAAACUCCUCAACACACAGGAAGUGAUAGUGUGAAGAUCAGAAGCUCCAGAGCAGCUCUAGUGUGUUUGGUGCUGCUGUGUGUUCUUCUGCUGAUCGCAGUCAUAGUGCUGGGUGUCCAACUCUCUACAAACAACAGCACAAACUACACAGAAGAGAGAAAUGAGCUACUAACCAACAAUACCAACCUUACUGAGGAGAGAGAUCAGUUACUAACCAGGAACAUGCAAUUGACAAAAGAGAGAGAUGGAUUAUCAUCAAAUAACCAGGACCUGAUUAAACAAAGGGACCAGUUAAAUAAGGAGAAAACUGAACUAUCGAAAAUGGAUGGAUGGAUUUAUUAUCAAUCCAGUUUUUACUUCAUUUCCUCUGAGAGCAAGAGCUGGACUGAGAGCAGAAGAUACUGUACAGAGAGAGGAGCAGAUCUGAUCAUCAUAAACAACACAGAGGAACAAGAUUUUAUUAUGAAAAUGUCAUGUAGUAAGGCUGCCUGGAUUGGUCUGACUGACAGUGAUGUGGAGGGCACAUGGAAAUGGGUUGAUGGCAGCACAUUGACCUCUGGGUUCUGGGCAUCUGGUGAGCCUAAUAGCUACAAAGGAAAAGAUGAAGACUGUGCUUUAUCUCAUUCAUCAGGAUGGGCUGAUUUUCCAUGCAAUGAUCAUUUUUUGAUUAUCUGUGAGAAGAAAAUUUUUAAUUCAGUCAAUUAAGUCAGGUUUAUGUCAAAAAACACAUAGAGUUUACUACUAAGUUAUUUUUUUUAAUUUUUUUUUUAAUUUAGAAUUGCAACUGUCGGAAAACAGUUGUGGUUGUGAUUAGGGGUGUGCAAUAUCAUGAUUUUUGACCGUGAAUGAUUAAAAUGUCCCCAUGAUCAGCUUUUAAAGAAAUAUUGUAUCCUGCUAUAGUGCACCUCCAUCCUAUCAUACUGUAAAACGCGAAGUACAUUCACGUCACAUUAACGCAGAGGUAGGAUAAUGCUCAAGUGACAUUGCAGUUAUUCACAGUCAUGAAAGUUUAUUAUUUGCAUGCAUUUUAAAGCCUUGCUGCCGCUUGUCAUUAAUGUUAAUAAAAAACAACAACAACAAAAGACAGAGUAAAUUAUUUAGUGCUCUUCACUGAAUAACUUCAGUAGCUUUAAUAAGAAUUAGAAGAAAAAAUGUAUCAUAAUCAAAAAAAUAAAAAAAAUGCUAAGUUUACCAUCUACCCUUUAAGUACAAUAAUAAAAAUCAAUAAUCAUUUAGUGCUUAGCAUUCACACACAAAGACUGAACUGGUAGGUAAAUAAAUAAAUCCCAAAAAAAUAUCCUCAUAUAAAUGUGAAUGAUGACUGAGCUUAGCAGAGAGCAGUAUAUUGAGAUUUUUAUGAUGAGCUGACUGUUGACUACUGAGAAUGGUGUUAAUGAACUUCCAUCUGUUGUGCAUUAUGCAAAAUAGCUGUCAUGGCACUAUAAAAUCAGACGACUUCCUGUAGAUGUUUGUUUUAACUGGCGGGAAAAAAAGGCUGACAAACUGAUGAAAACGACCAAUUGAUUGAAAAUUGCUGAACAUUCAUAAAAUAAUAUUUCACCAAAAACAACACUUCUGUCAUCGUUUACUUGGAAUUUCUCAUUUUUGGUGAACUGUUCCUUUAAGUGUAAGCUAAAAUAAACUAUCCUCUCAUCUCCUGACUUCCUUUAGCUAUGAAGGUCUUUUAAAGAGGCAAGUGUUUAGAUGAGACUCUCUCUCCUGAUUUGAGACAUACUACAUGAUAUUUUGAAGGUCAUGGUUUUGUAUGUGACUUGGCCUUUAACCAGUCUACAGACGGCUGGUGUCUCAUAGCAACUGCAGGUGAUACAAUGUUUCUUACAUUAUAAGUCUGUUCUGAGGUCUUAAGCUUUAAGUUCUGGAAAUUAAAACAGACUAAAAUGUAUCAUAAUCAAUUUCAGGCAACUGUUUAAAAAACUGUUUAAUACAUGUAUGCAUUAAAAACACCUUAAGAAAGCCUGCAGUCACCAGA